AAAAACUUCCUUUCUUUUCAAUAAAAACACAAAAAAAAAAAAAAAACAAUUUCAGGUACCCAAACCCUCUCUCUCGUGCCAUCGCCAUCGCCAUCGCCAUCGCCAUCGCCGUCACCGUCGCCGCCACGCUCUUCCCCGCCGGCAAGCUACGCCAUUCCUGUGUUCAUUCUCUCGUGACAGACAGGUUGAAGAUUGAAGGCAAUAUGGCAUUAUUUUUGCAGUUGCAGAGAGUCAUAAAAAACGGAAGUGUUAAUUUGAUUUCCACACUCCGGCAUUCUUCGUCUUACUGUUCUUCUAGAUCCUUCUCCAAAUCCACACCAUACGUUGUCAAGGUUGGAAUACCGGAAUUUCUAAAUGGAAUUGGAAAAGGAGUUGAAUCUCAUGUCGCUAAGCUCGAUUCUGAAAUUGGUGACUUCCAAAAGCUUCUCGUUACUCGAACCCUCAAACUAAAGAAGCUUGGUAUUCCUUGCAAACAUAGGAAGCUAAUAUUGAAACAUGCACACAAGUACAGACUUGGACUAUGGAGGCCACAUGCUGAGCCGAUCAAAGCAUGAUUAGUUUUUAUGUAGUAAGUAGCCUUUCGCUGUGACAUCAUAUCAGAAAUGUUUAGCCAUUGUAGAAUGAUAGUGCUUGACUUUGCAUGAAAAGAGGACCUCCCAUCAUUUUUCAUCAAAUUGAUGUUUGUCAUUUGCAGCAGUCAAGUACAAUGGGCUAAUCUUAAUUGACUGUUUGUGUUUGUUAUUAUGUCCAAUAAUCUCACUGCAUUUUUUGUGUUGUAUCACUUGUUUUCGGCAAAAAUUAAUUGAUUUUGGGCUUAGGAGUUUGGAAUGGUUCA